AUGGAACGCGUCGCAGGCUCCCGGGAUAAUAACCAUAUUGGGGGUUCGCAAGCGACGCAAGAUACCCGAACAUAUGCAAUAGUUGCGGAUGGGAGUCUCAAGCAGUGCCCACCGGAACACGUAGAGGUCACCAUCUUCUCCUAUACCUGGAGGGAUUUUGACCUCGGUUCCCCAAUUGCGAAGAGAAAGGACACAAUGUGUGUAAUAUACGGAAACUUGGCUGGCAGAAUGUACGCGCAACUCGCUACCUGCUUUAAAUUCAACGGUGAAAAUAUCAUGCUGCAACGGGACAUGGAUAUUUUGCAGUAUUCGUGGUACCGAAGGGCAGCUGUGUGUUUGGUAUAUCUCAGGGAUGUCCAGUACACAGAUAGUGGUCCGGAGAUGAAAAAUAGACUUCGAAGAAGCCAGUGGUUUCGAGAGCCCUGGGCCUUGCAGGAAUUGCUGGCUUCAGAGCAAAUUUGGUUUUAUUCUCAAGAGGGCAAAGGCUUUGAGGAGACAAAGUCCAGUUUACUCGACUGGUUUGAGCAAGAGACUGGGAUCGAAAAGUCAAUUCUCCAGCAUCCUCAGAAUGUAGAGAAAGCUUGUAUCGCGAAGCGUAUGUCCUGGGCAGCCACUCGAAACUAUGACACGCCGGAUGCGGUACACAGCCUAAAGGGAAUACUCACUGUGAAUAUGGCUUCAGAACGGGAUGAGAGUACACGCGAUGCUUUUCACCGGCUGCAGAUAAAGCUGAUAAAGAAGUAUCCCCAUAAUCUUUCGAUAUUCGCGUGGAAGGUUGACCAUCGGAAUGGGCCUCACAGUCACGACACAUUAUUAGCAGAUUCACCUAGGGAGUUUGCCUCAUGCUCGAGGCUCGAACUCUUUGAAAUCCAGUUGCCUGUGUCCCAAGUAUCUAGAGGUGAUGAAAAUGUGUACCUCAAUGUUCCUCUCCUCUAUAUGACGAAUAUUUAUUACAUGUUAUGCCUUAACUGCCAUGAACCUGGUACACCACUUGCUAUAGGGAUCCAGAUUGUAUUUAUGCCACAAACGCAGUCCGUUCGCCGGUUUGAUGUUACUGAGACCCAACGUUGGUAUAAAAACCCCGAGUCGGCGAAUAUCAGAAGCGGACGUUUUGUUAUAGAACCAUCGGGGAAGGUAACAAUUGAGAGAAACUAG